AUGCCUGUUGAUGCGGCACUUGGUGGGUCAUCUCUAACAUUUGCAUAUGCGGUUCUCAAAGAUUUAUUUGUGUACAUGAAGCACAGGAGAAGACACGUGAAAGAUUUACUUGACAAUCUUAAAUAUCUUGGAGAUGAAGCAGAAAUUCUUUAUGCCCGUUGGCAUGACAAUGAAGAAGAUAUCAAUCGUCGAGCAGCCUCCAUACAGAGAAGUCGACAACAUGAAGCGUGGAAGAAGGUAGUAUCCCGGUUGUUGGAUGAUUACAGUAAGAUAAUUGAGAAGUACAGAAAGAUGACAGGAGCAACUGGAAACCAAAGGCACCAGGGAGCAGAAGGUUCGAACAAAGCGGAUGUGGAUGAGAGCAGCACAAAUGCACCGAUCCAUGAACUGCCGGAUAUUUCCCACUUAGGGAAGCGCAAAUUAUGGACCCGAAAGUUCUUCAAGCUUGCAAGGCUCGAUAAAGACGUUAUGAAGCUAAGGGAUAAAUUUGCUUCAGCCCGAAAAGACAUACCACUUGCGGAUUUAACACGUCCAGUGAAGCCAAAAGCUGUUAUAAGAAUGGAAGAUGCUAAAGACCUUGAUGUUGUGCCUUCACAUCAAAAGAAACGCGAUGAACUCCUUGAUGAACUGCAGCCCUGUAGAGUUGAGGCAGAAGCAAAAUUGAAGAGGAUUGCUAUCAUUGGAGAAGCGCAAGUUGGAAAAACAAAUAUCAUGAAGAACUUGAAUAACUGGUUUUAUUCAUGCCCUCCUUCCCCAAAACUCGACUACGUCAUUUGGGUGACUGUUCCAACCAAUCUGCACAAGAAAGAGGAUGUCAUCAAAACCAUACAAGAGAGUAUUCUUCGGCGUUUGGAGUUAACUGAGCAGAUUAGUACAAUUGAUAAGAAUAAAGACACAAUAUCUACACAAUUACGUGAAAAAUCAUAUUUGCUACUUUUUGAGGGGUUCUCUUCAUCAAUUCAGCUUGAGGAGAUUGGAGUCUCCGAAGAACAUAAGCACGGGAUAGUCAUCAUUGAAACUAAAGAUCCAGUUUUGCUGAGGAGUUUUUGUUUUGACCAAAAAAUCAAAGUAGAGAAGUUACCACACAACGAGUCGAGGAAAUUGUUUCAUAAGAUCAUGGAAGGUGAAAGACUAAGUGAACAAUGCUGUGAGCUGGUUGGACUGAUUCUUAAAGAGCUUGGCGGGCUUCCAGGGGUGAUCUCAUCUAUUGCGAAGUUGCUCAAAAGCCAAAAAAAUGCAGCAUAUUGGAGAUCUAUAAAGGACAAACUGGCAGCAGAUGUUGGUGAAUGUAAAGAUCUGGGACUAGGAGGACUACUUGAAGCUUUUAAGAUAGCUCAUGAAGGCUUGGAAGAGGAUCGUUACAAAAGUUGCCUACUUUAUGCAGCAUUGUUUCCGAAAGAAUUCACAAUUCCCAUUGAUGUUUUAGUUGAAUGUUGGAAAGCUGAAGAUUUUCUAUGCUGUCCUCUUCCUACAUUACUUGUGGCUCGAGAUGAUGGAAUUUACGUACUGCAUAAGCUGAUUGAGCUCUCUCUCUUAGAGAAAUGUUCUGAACAGUACGUUAAGAUGCCAAUACUCGUCAGGAAAUUUGCAAUUCGUAUAUCUUUCCCUGGGGAGGAAGCUGGAACAUCCUAUGUCAAGUCCGGUCCAGAGAUAGACGGACACCUAACAAAUGAAGAAUGGGAGAAGGCCAAAAGGGUGUCUUUGAUGGGUUGCAGAUUAGAGAAAUUACCUGUGAGCCCAAUAUGUGAGGGGAUAUCAACACUAUUUCUGCAACUUAACCCAAACUUGAGAAACAUUGGGGAAAAUUUCUUCACAACUAUGAAGAAACUUCGAGUUUUAGACCUGCACAGCACCGGAAUAGAAUCGUUGCCAUCCUGUAUCUCCUCCUUGGCUGCGCUUCGGAGUUUAUACCUCAACAAUUGCGGUGACUUAACUGAGUUCCCACCUAAUAUAGUGGACCUCGAGAAGCUCGAAGUUCUUGAUAUUCGAGACACCUCAAUCCAUUGUUUGCCCGAAGUGAUCCGCAGUUUGGUUGGCCUAAUGUGCUUGAGGUUUUCAUUUGUCCCCGAGGCGUGCAAUACCAAUCCGAAGCCAGAACGGACAUGGCUGAUAUUUCCCCCUGGAACAGCUGACCAGAUUAACAAGCUCGAGGAGUUGACUAUUGUCUUAGUAAAUGGAAGCAGUGAUGGCAUUGCUGAUCGAAUAGAAGCAGAGGUGCUUCAAUUUAAGAACAAAAAUAAUCAAAUCUCAUCCAACUGA